AUGGCGGAGGCUAAUUUCAAGCAUUUAAUCGCAACUCUGGUCCGGCAGACCCGACCACAGUCUCUUCGCCACGUCAAAGCCCCGAUCGGUCCUCAGCAACACGCUCGUUGUAUCUCUGCGACAACAUCCGGUGAUAUACGACCGACCAAAGUCGAAACAGCUCAGUGGCAGCCUCACACAGCGCGACCCACGCCACAUCAACGGCCUCAAUCAGAACAGGGCCGACUGGAGCAACUUCGAUCCGAUCCAGAGCCUCGGCCUUUCUCCUCCUUUCUGACCGACAGCUAUGCUCGCCAACAUAAUUACCUGCGUAUAUCUGUAACCGAACGCUGUAAUCUGCGAUGUCUCUACUGUAUGCCCGAAGAAGGCAUUCAGCUGUCCCCGCCAGAACGACUGCUCACUACUCCCGAAAUCGUCUAUCUAUCCGAACUAUUCGUCAAUCAGGGUGUAAAUAAGAUCAGAUUGACUGGCGGUGAGCCUACCGUGCGGAAAGACAUUGUCGAGUUAAUGCGCCAAAUCGGAAAUCUACGCGGCAAAGGAUUGAAAGAGCUAUGUCUUACCACAAAUGGUAUAUCUCUCCACCGCAAAUUAGACGCCAUGGUCGAAUCCGGGCUUACUGGCGUCAAUCUGAGCUUGGAUACACUUGAUCCCUUUCAGUUCCAGAUCAUGACAAGGAGAAACGGUCACGAGGCUGUCAUGAAAUCCAUCAACCGCAUUCUUGAAAUGAAUAAACAAGGAGCCGGUAUCAAGCUGAAAAUCAACUGUGUUGUUAUGCGUGGCCUUAACGAACGCGAGAUUUUGCCCUUUGUCGAGCUUGGUCGCGACCAAGAUCUCGAGGUGCGUUUUAUUGAGUAUAUGCCAUUUGAUGGAAAUAAGUGGUCUGAGAAUAAAAUGCUCGGCUACGGGGAGAUGCUCGCCUUGAUUCGGCAAAAGUACCCGGACGUUCAAAAAGUCCAGGACCACAAGAAUGAUACUAGCAAAACCUAUAAGGUGCCAGGAUUUGCUGGUCGUAUUGGCUUUAUCACCAGUAUGACCCACAAUUUUUGUGGCACCUGUAAUCGACUUCGAAUUACCGGUGAUGGGAAUAUCAAGGUUUGCUUAUUCGACAAUGCUGAGGUUUCGCUUCGAGAUCUACUCCGUGAGUCCAACGGCGGGAAGCCGAUCAAUUCUGAAGCCAUGGACGCUAUCCGAACACAUGAACUCCAGCAGCUUUCACAGUCGUUAGGGACCGCGGAUGAUCUUGGUGUCUCCCGGAAACAAGCCCAACUACUCAACGUCAUCGGCAUGGCGGUCAAGAACAAGAAAGAAAAGCACGCCGGCAUUGGUGAGCUGGAAAAUAUGAAGAACAGGCCAAUGAUCCUUAUCGGUGGGUAA